AUAACAUUACUAAUAGUUGGGCAGCAGGAAAUGGGACCAAACCGUUUUUUUAAAUAAUCCGAGAUAUCUUUUUAGAGACCUUUCCAACAUUAUAAUUUCUAGGUUUUAAUCAUUUUUUAUCCUAGCGCCAAACAUACUUACAAAAAGCUAAAACAAAAAGAAACAUUUGUAUUCAUAUAAAACAGAUAACAACACCUUUCUGUGGUGUACAGUAAAUUACGUGUAACAUACAACCGUUCUUAUAUUUACUUAAUUUACAAAAUACGAAAUGAGUACAGCUAUUUUAAUAAUAAACGCAGUUACGACAAGAGAAAAACUUCAUUUCCAGGGGAAAAACUACAUAUUACGCUUGAGCCCUCCAUUCUUUCCUGUCCAACACAUUUUUAGGCUCCCAGCAGCGAAUUUUGCAGAAGCGUUACCACCCACUUGAACCGGAACCUUUUCAAUCAAACUGCUUCGACUGUGUUGCCUCUGUUUGCUAUGUACACUGACAGCAGGAGCCGCGACGCUUGCAAUGUUUCGCUAACAUCCUCAGUUUACAUUCCCCUGUUAAUGGGUUUAAAAUGACGAGGGGAUAACAGCAGACCCCCUUUCGUUUUGUUUAUUUAGAUCAAUCACGACAAGUAAACCAGACUGCUGCGUGGGUUGUGCAGAUUUCAGUGCCUGCUUAAAAUAUCAGGCGGGCAGAAAGAAAAGGGAGAGGGUUUCAAACCUUUCUCCGAUUUCUUGCUCUUUUUUCUGUUCGCAAAUGGCUUUGCAUUAUUGCUGCUGCUGCUGCUGCUGCUAGCUAGGACCGGACGAGGGUGUAUAACUGAUCGGAUAUUCUGGUGUUGCAGUUCCACCCUCGGCGCCCUAGCCUUCUCUUUCAAGACCAGCUUCGGUCUGUGCUGCCAAGCAAAGCUGAAGAGCACUGAGUAUAUUAAAAAACAACCCUAAAAAUGGGGAACACGACGUCCUGCUGCGUGUCCUCCAGCCCCAAGCUCCGGAGAAACGCUCACUCCAGGCUGGAGUCCUACCGCCCGGAGCCCGAGCUCAGCCGAGAAGACACGGGCUGCAACCUUCAGCACAUCAGCGACAGGGAGAAUAUCGACGAUUUAAAUAUGGAAUACAACCCCUCAGACCAUCCUCGAGCUAGCACAAUAUUCCUCAGCAAGUCACAGACAGAUGUUGCUGUUCCCUUCAAAAAAGUGAGAGAAAAACGGAAGAGCCUUUACAUAAAUCAUCAUCCGCCUGGGCAAAUGAGACGUAAAUACAGCUCCUGUUCCACAAUUUUCUUAGAUGACAGCACAGUUAGUCAGCCCAACCUCAAGUAUACUAUUAAAUGUGUAGCGCUUGCAAUAUAUUAUCACAUAAAGAACAGAGACACAGAUGGAAGAAUGUUGUUAGACAUUUUUGAUGAAAUCUUGUACGUUGCCAAUGCUAAACAGCACCCAGAUGCUGUAAGGUGGAGUUCCCAAUCUGUGGGAGCUGCCUGUCAGAAUAAUGCCAUUAAAUCCAGUGCCAAAAUGAUCUGCUCAGACAUGCAGGUGUAUCUUGAAAGACUGUUAACGUAUGCAGAGAUUGAUAUCUGCCCUGCAAACUGGAAACGGAUUGUUUUAGGUGCCAUCUUACUGGCGUCUAAAGUCUGGGAUGACCAAGCAGUUUGGAAUGUGGAUUAUUGCCAGAUCCUGAAAGACAUCACAGUAGAAGACAUGAAUGAACUUGAGCGACAGUUUCUGGAGUUGCUGCAGUUCAACAUUAAUGUCCCUUCAAGUGUUUAUGCAAAGUAUUAUUUUGACCUGCGCUCCCUGUCAGAAGCCAAUAAUCUAAGCUUUCCAUUGGAACCACUAAGUAGGGACAAGGCACAGAAACUAGAGGCCAUCUCCCGGCUGUGCGAUGACAAAUAUAAGGACUUGAGGAAAGCUGCAAAGAAGCGGUCUGUGAGCGCAGACAAUCUGACUGUGGUUAGGUGGUCUCCUGCUAUUAUAUCCUAACAAUCUGCGUACUGGGACACAGGUUGGCUUUCUUUGCAAAGGAGGUUUAUCAUCCGCCUGGACUGGGGGAGGCGGGGGACACGAAACCUUUUCGACUGGGCGACAUGCCUUUCCAGUGCCUCCGUCUGCUGCAGCACAGAGGAAGCACGUUUUUAUUUUUAAUCGAGAAAGGACUGAAAUGUGCGACUUUUUGGAACGGAGCAGAUGCACUCUUCAUGUUUUCCUUUGGGCUGCCAGAGCUUCAUUCUGUGGCUGUGGAGAGAAAAUACUGCUGUGAUGUGGGAAAUAAGGCAUUGACAUAAGAUACUAGAAUGAACUGAGAAGAAAACAGCAAACUGUGCCAUGAUAUUAGAGUUCCUUCAUCAUAGUGACAUUUCCUAUUUGUUGUCUUUGUGUGCAUAGAGUUGUUUGCCAGAUAUUGAUUUUUUUGUACAUUCCUGUUGUGUUUGUCGCUCAUUAAUGUGAACACAUUUCUCUCCCGAGCACAAGCAGCUAUCUGAAGAGGUAACAAGGCCAUGAAGAAGAACAGAAGCCUGUUCCUCCGGGCAAUUCUGAUUAUUUCCACAGUUGGAUAACCAAUUUCCAUUUCCUGUGUUGUUUACUCAAACCUACAAAUGUUUUGGACCAUUUAAUGUCAUUGGCUUUUCUUUAGUUUCUCAAAAUGCUUUUUCUGACAGUUUUAACAAAAAAGAAGUACUCAAAAAAGUGCACGUCUUCUCUACAACAUUGGUCAGCUUUUCUGAAAAUAAAAAACAGUCAAAGAUCUUUUUUGUAGGGUGGAAAAAUAUUUAUUUUUUGAAACUUUAAGAAAAUUAAUUGUGAUUUUAUUGAAUUAAACCUGUAGAGGUUUUUUGCUUCCUUACUUUUAAAUGAAACAGACUGAUUUUUAGUUUGCUGUUAUUUUUUUCUUAGUGCUGUUUAUACAAUUUUUUUACAUUCAGAAAGCAAGUAUGAUUUUUUGAAGGAACCUACUGCAUAUGAAACGUUCAGUACAUAGACUUGCAGUGGUGAUUGAAGCGCUUUAUGUAUCUUCUGGCUGCAGUGGUAACAGUUUAAACAAUCUUCCUCACUCUUUCUGCUCAGUGCACCAAGUCCCCCCCACGCUAUGGCCAGGUCGCCCUGCUUAGGGGUAAAAAAGCAAAGUCAGGCCUUUGGCUCUUCCCAGGGGUUGGUCUGUCACAGUGAGGCUCACCAUCAGGGUGCCAGUGCCAAUUCGUGCUCAAUUAUGAAGGUUUUCCAAGGACUUUGGCCUGAGUUACACAAUCGCCAGUCCAAUUUGAAUUGCUGUCUCAUCUCUGACUUUAACCUAAGCUUAAGCAAAGGUCUGAGGUGACGGAAGAACUAGUUGAUGUCCAAAUACAAACAUUCCAUCCGAAUGGACAAGAGUGUAAUGUACUGCAUAUGACUUGAGACAAGGGUUAAAUGUCAAAUUACAUGAUCAAAAAUUAAUCAAACUGCAGACCGAUAAGAUUGCACUUUGUUUAGUAAUGUGAAUAAUGCUGCGGUGCAUUCCUCACAGGGAGCUAAGGCCGUGGACUACAGCCCCCAGUUCAAUGAUAUAUAUAUAGAGUAUAUUACUAAGUCAGUUUAUUAGCCCAUUAAUAACUGAAGCAGUUUGAACAGAAAAGUAUUGUCCUAAAUUUGCUGUAUUGAUUUUGCCAAAAUACAAUGGCGGAUAGCAAAUGUUUUGCACUCUUUUAAGUUUUAUGUAUUACUUGUAUAUUUUUUGUUCUUGCUGGGUUUUUUUUAAUGUUACUUGCCAGGCCAACAAAAGUAUUUUUUUCACCAUAAGCAAUAUACAUGUACCAUUUUUCGUUGACCUUAGAAAAGAAUUGUUUUAGUUGUAUUUCUUUUUCAAGAGAACGUUUGGCCAUAUGUUAGUUGUGGAGUGAAUGUUUUAGCCGUAACUCUGCCCUUAGCCCCCUUUCUGGUCUCUGUUUUUCCAAGUGACAGAUGUCCAAGACUGUUUAUAUUCUUUUAUUAGAACUCUUUUGUCUGAAAUCUUUUCAAGUCAGAGGUUUUCUGCACUGUUACAUAUUUUACCAUGUUCAUGUCUAGAGAAGAUAGUUUUGGAAAAUAAAAACAGAUUAUGAUUAAAUGCGAAGAAAUGGACCCUGUUCAAAAAAUAUUUUUCAAAAAUCCAAAAUAUUUUCCGAACGCGCUAUGUGGCGUAUGUAAGUGUUAAUGAUACUAGCAAAAACACAAUGUAAGUGGAGGCUUCUGCUGAAAUGUUUAUUGCUGUGAGUGGUGUCCAAACUUUACAGAACUGUAAGAGAAAGUGAUUAUUCCUCAGUCUGUUGAUCAGAAUUGCCAACUGGAAAGAAUUAAAUGUGUAAAAUUUAUACAGUGAAUAAAAGUACUUAAAUGUUA